GGCAGCCGCGACUGACCGCGCUGGCACUCACCCUCCACCCACCUGCCCUGUAACGGUAGCCCAUCAGUGGCAGGUUCCAGGUUCCCCGAGCAUGUAGGCAGAGUUAGCGGCUGCCGAGAGUUGCGAGGCACGGACGCAGCAGGCUCUCCGGGGCUUCUCCGGCUGGCUGCGGUGCUCUCCGGCUCCCGCGGAGAUGCGCAAGUGACAGGAGAGCGAGUGAGGACCAGAACGCUCCCUUCCGACCCUAGCGCACUGCGUCCAUGGCUCUGCUGGGCAGCCUGUUGCCCCUGUGCUGUCUGGCACUGCUGGCGCUGUCUGUCCAGAGCUGCGGGCCGGGCCGGGGGCCGGUCGGCCGGCGGCGUUACGUGCGCAAGCAGCUUGUGCCUCUGCUCUACAAGCAGUUUGUGCCUAGUGUGCCAGAGCGGACCCUUGGCGCGAGCGGGCCAGCGGAGGGGAGGGUCUCAAGGGGGUCCGAGCGCUUCCGGGACCUCGUACCCAACUACAACCCCGACAUUAUCUUCAAGGAUGAGGAGAACAGCGGCGCUGACCGCCUGAUGACGGAGCGCUGCAAAGAGCGGGUGAACGCGCUGGCCAUCGCGGUGAUGAACAUGUGGCCCGGCGUGCGCCUGCGCGUGACCGAGGGCUGGGACGAGGACGGCCACCACGCGCAGGACUCGCUCCACUACGAGGGCCGCGCCCUGGACGUCACCACGUCGGACCGCGACCGCGACAAGUACGGCCUGCUGGCGCGCCUCGCCGUGGAGGCCGGCUUCGACUGGGUCCACUACGAGUCCCGCAACCACGUCCACGUGUCGGUCAAAGCCGAUAACUCGCUGGCCGUGCGGGCCGGGGGCUGCUUCCCCGGCAACGCCACCGUGCGCCUGCGGAGCGGCGAGCGGAAGGGGCUGCGGGAGCUGCACCGCGGGGACUGGGUCCUGGCGGCCGACGCGGCGGGCCGGGUGGUGCCCACGCCGGUGCUGCUCUUCCUGGACCGCGACCUGCAGCGCCGCGCCUCGUUCGUGGCCGUGGAGACCGAGCGGCCCCCGCGCAAGCUGCUGCUCACGCCCUGGCACCUGGUGUUCGCCGCCCGCGGCCCCGCGCCCGCGCCCGCCGACUUCGCCCCGGUGUUCGCGCGCCGCCUGCGCGCCGGGGACUCGGUGCUGGCGCCCGGCGGCGGCGCGCUCCGGCCGGCGCGGGUGGCCCGCGUGGCGCGCGAGGAGGCCGUGGGCGUGUUCGCGCCGCUCACGGCGCACGGCACGCUGCUGGUCAACGACGUGCUCGCCUCCUGCUACGCCGUCCUGGAGAGCCACCAGUGGGCGCACCGCGCCUUCGCGCCCCUGCGCCUGCUGCACGCGCUCGGGGCGCUGCUGCCCGGGGGCGCCGCCCAGCCCACCGGCAUGCACUGGUACUCCCGCCUCCUCUACCGCCUGGCGGAGGAGCUCCUGGGCUGAGCGGCCGAGCGCAGGGGCCCUCGGGGCUCCCGAUGGAAGCGAAGGCUGGAGCCGAGCCAGCCGGGGUCCGAGGGGACGCUGACUGGGAGAGUGGCCGCAGAGCGAGAAAGGCGGGCUGCGCUGGAACUCGGUUAGGGCGCAACCUUUAGCCGAGCGGCGCGGCCCCGGGCUGGAUAGCCGGGCUUGUUGGUAGGCGCUCCUUAAACGAGGACUUUCUUAUUUUGCGUCUUCCCCAGCGCCUCAGCCCCCCCCCCGAUAAUUUUAUUUUCUAUUUAUAAUUUGUGAUAUGAUGAUCUGCUUGCCCAGCCCACCGAAGAGAGGGCCUGGAGCGCGGCGCCGUUCAGUUCACACGGUCUGACGCAGCCAGCCUGAGCCUCACGCUCGCUCUCACAUUUCCCUGCAGGCGGGUUAAUAAAGGGAAGGCUUAUCGGAAACCACCUUCACCCAGGUGAUUCGCCCCCAAAGAGGAGGAGGAACCGGACUAGCCCGAGUGAACACCUUCCUUCCAACUCGCCCUUCUUUCUCAGCAGGAUCCUCCAAACCCCUUUGCUGGAAAGGGUUUUCCAACCCAUCAGCAACAUCCUUUAGGCACUAGCCCCACCCCCACGGGACGGGACCAUCUUUGGGUAGGGCGGGGCUUAGGGGGACAUGAAGAUUGAUGUGCAAAGCAUCUGUUAGCUGUUCUGGCCUGUCUCUAUAGGUAGCCAUCAUCCCGCCUGCUGAAGCCGAACAGGUCUGAAUUUUUUUUUUUCCCCUGGGAUUUUGCUAGGUCAACUGCUGAAGCAUGGGUGUUCCUCACAGUCCACACGUCUGUCUAUGGCCUAAACAAAGAUCCUAGGGUGACCAGGAAUGGUGGUCUAAUUACAGAAUCACAUGCCUGUAACCCCAACACUCUGGAGAUGGAGAAAGGAAAAAACAGAAUCAUGAGUUCAAGGCUAACCUGGGCUGUAUAGUAGGAGAGAGAGAGAGAGAGAGAGAGAGAGAGAGAGAGAGAGACAGGCUGGAGGGAAUAAUUUCUUCGUGACAGCAGAGAACAGGUUUCGGCUUGGGUGUAUCUGAGGUACAUGGGGCUCCCCGUCAAGUUCUGCUAUUACAGUGUGGGUUUCCUCCUUACGUCCAGCGGCUGUUGCUGCUGGCUUCCCAUCACUCUUCCUUCCCCUUCUCUUGUUACUGGCUGUGCCUCUCUGGUUGUUUUGGAUUCCAACAUUGCAGACCCCUGAGAUGCAGGCAGAUUGAUGCCUCGGAGCUAGGAGUGGGUGGGCCCGCUCUGAAGGUGGGCAUGUUGGACCUGAGGGGAUGGUUGAGGGUUGUUGGUACUUCCAGGAACUGGACCCAAGCCUGCUACAACUGUUGCAAGAAGAUUGGCUCUGCUCUGAGCAUCCCGGCCAAGGAAGUCCAUGCCAUCUAUACGCUGCCCUCUGGUGGUAUUCCGGAGAAUUCUAAGCCUAGGGACAUAAGGCUCCCUUUGGUCCCCUCUGGACAGAAGGGAAAGGUAUUGAAUGGUACCUAGACUUGCUAAUGGGAACUCUCCCAGAAGGCAGAGCCGAUGCAUGGGGCCUGUUACGCUUUUAGGGCUCUGCUGUGAUGUCAAGACACGAUAAGGAACCUGCUUGCUUCACUUUCCGAUCCUUGGCUUUUUUUUUAACAGCCCUUGUGUCUAGUUCAGCUCUGUGGCUCUGGGAAGCCAGAGGCAGAGGUAAUGGUGCAGAGUCCCUCACUCAGUAACCCUCAAGUCUCAUGGCCUCAGAGACACAACUCAAGCAAUACCCUUUCCUACUUUCAUUCUCACCAAAUUCUUAUCUGCCUCCCUCAGACCCUGGAACCUUUUUGUCUUCUCACGCAGGUGAUGAGCAAUCUGAUAAGCUAAUUAAGCUAAUUAGUUUACCCAUGUCACCGGGCAACCUGUGUUCACCACCUUUCCUAAGCGCUACCUGGAUGGAAACUGCUGAAACUAAGGGCUCUAACCGUAACGGCUGACCCAUGAUGGCUGGCUAGGAACACAGCUCAGUAGUAGAGCAUUAGCCUAGCAUGCACGGAGCCCCAAGUUCAAUCCCCAGCACCACUCGAACGGCUAUUUCUAUAUUUGGGGAGAAGACGAACUCGCUGGUCUUCAUUAAAUCACAUUCCUGUAGGUUACUUCCCAGGCUUGAGAUUCACCUUCCCCCUCCAACUUCUCUCCUUGAGGCCCCUCCCCUCAUUCUGUCCCCUUGAGGCCCUCCCCUCAUUCUGUCCCCUUGAGGCCCAGCUAUCUAAAGAAUACACGCGUGGUCUGCAAGCAGGUAAAUGCACCAUCUCUUUGAAGCAGGUGGGCACACUGACUUGGGCACAAGGCACCUUCGAAUGCCAGCAACUCUUUUCAACACAGGAAGUGAACAUUGUCUAUCUUUGCACUCUUUUCUCACCGUGGUUUCUGCUUUCUGCUGUCUACUCCUUUGGCUACUCCACUAAAAGUA